AUGAGCUUCCCCGAGAAGCCGCUCCCCCGCGGCCAGCCGCAGUCGCCGAGACAGCCCGGUGUGCGGCUGAGGAUCGAGAAAGUCAGGGACAAGGCCCUGCAGACCCAGCUUAUUUAUGCCAACGUCGCAGGUGUCAGCUACCGAGACUUCGCCCCGAGCCGCGACGGCCAGGACAUCAACAUCCUGAUUCGAGCCAGAGACCCUGUCCGAGGAACAGUACGAGAGAACGUUGUCAGAGCGCGGCCAACACCCGAACUCCCCGAGGGCACCAUCAGUCUGUCCGACCCGCAACGAUCAUGGCUGAAGAUCGGAAUGACCGACACCUUUGAGGGUGAGGUGUACGAUGCGAACAGGCAAGGCGCAACUCACCUCGAGGCGAUGGACCUCGAGCUGUCCUGGGCCUCAAUGAAGAGAGACCCCAACUACGAGUUCAAGCACGAAUACCUGGCCAAGGUCUUUGAGCGUUUCUUCCAGAUGCACUUCUUCGCCCCCGGUCAGCGCACUCUGCUGGACAUUGAAGGUCUCAAGAUCUUUGCUACCGUCAAGACCAUCACUUUUGCUGGAGGCAAAGGUCCCGACGCCGUCGUCACAUCAUCAGACCCUUCUGCCCGCGGAUUCUUCAGCACGAACACGCUAUUGUCCUUCUUCAAGGGCGCCGAGUCGGAUAUGAAGCUUCAGGUCGGUGAGCACCAGGGUAACGCCAACCCCAUUAUCUCCCCAGACUUCAAGUUUGAGGAUAUGGGUAUUGGUGGUCUCCAGGACGAAUUCGCCACCAUUUUCCGCAGAGCUUUUGCUUCUCGCGUCUUCCCUCCCCAGCUGGUAGCGAAGCUGGGUAUUCAGCACGUCAAGGGCAUCCUGCUCUUCGGCCCCCCUGGAACCGGAAAGACGCUUAUCGCUAGACAAAUCGGAAAGAUGCUCAACGCUCGUGAGCCCAAGAUUAUCAACGGUCCUGAGGUUCUCAACAAGUUUGUCGGUCAAUCUGAAGAGAACAUUCGAAAGAUGUUUGCGGAUGCUGAGAAGGAGUAUAAGGAGAAGGGCGACCAGAGUGGUCUUCAUAUUAUCAUUUUCGAUGAGUUGGAUGCCGUCUGCAAGCAAAGAGGCUCCGGUGCCGGUGGCGGCACUGGUGUUGGUGACAGUGUUGUUAAUCAACUUCUCACCAAGCUCGACGGUGUUGACCAGCUUAACAACAUCCUGCUCAUCGGUAUGACCAACCGUAAAGACAUGAUCGAUGAGGCGCUUCUGCGUCCCGGUCGUUUGGAGGUUCAGUUGGAGAUUAGCUUGCCCAACGAAGAGGGACGCAAGGAAAUCUUCAUGAUUCACACCGCCAAGAUGCGAGACAACAACAUUAUGGAUUCCAAGGUUGACCUGGCUUCACUGGCAGCUCGCACCAAGAACUACUCUGGUGCCGAGAUCUCUGGUGUCGUCAAGGCUGCAACUUCAUUCGCCUUCAACCGUCACACCGAGGUCGGCAACAGCGCCAAGAUGAAGAAUGAUGUAUCCGCGAUGAAGAUCACCAUGGACGAUUUCGACAACGCACUGACCGAGGUUAAGCCGGCUUAUGGUGUUUCUGAAGACGAGCUGGCGUUUGCCCUUGGCAUGGGAAUCCUUCAGUUCAACAACAACAUCCCCGCCAUUAUCCGCACGAUGCAGGGCUACAUCGACACAGUCAAGGAGUCAGAUGUUCUCAACAGGAUACCAGUCCUUCUUCACGGGCCCCCGGAGUCAGGCAAGACUGCUUUGGCCGCCCACACCGCCUCCCUUUCAGACUUCCCCUUUGUUAAGCUCAUUUCGCCUCAGCACUUGACUGCUUUCCGAGACGAGUUCGGAAAGAAGGACUACCUCACCAAGGUUUUCACCGACGCUUACAAGUCUGAGCGUAGCAUCGUAAUUUUGGAUAACUUUGAGCAACUCAUUGAGUGGAACCCAAUUGGGCCACGCUUCUCCAACACGGUGCUCGACAGACUCAUUUCCCUCAUCCAAACCCAGCCACCAAAGGGCCGUCGUAUCCUCAUCAUGGUCACCACCUCAGAACGCUUCGUACUCAGCAACUUGGGUGUUCUUAAGCACUUCCGCAGACAAAUUCCGGUACCCGCCAUCUCUGAUAUACGCGAACUUGCCCAAGUCCUGGACCAGUCAGGAAUGUUUGGUGGCAACGACAUUCAGACCGUCAUCCAGUCCAUACGCAAUGACACUCGGUCGGACAAGAUCGGUCUUGGCAUCAAGACGAUUCUUGACGGCGAGGUCACAGUUCACGGCACCAAGCUGAGCUCCCGCUGCGGUUUCGCAGUUUCAACCUUCCACCAUCAACCACCCACCAACCCACUCGAGAUGGCCGACAGAGCACGACCAAGAUCGCGCUCGCCUCGGCGCGAUCGAGACAGAGACAGAGAUAGACCACGGAAACAAGGCGGUUUCAGGUGGAAAGACAAGAGCCGCAGAGACGACCGCGACGACGGUAACGAACGAAGAGGCCUCGAGCGAGGCUACCGCAACCGGUCCCGCUCCCCCCGUCGCGACCGCGAUCGCGACUCGGACAGAGAUCGCCGCAAUGACCGCCGCGGCGGCGGCGACGACAACUACAGACCCCGCGACUCGGGCAGAGAUAGAGAUAGAGACAGAGACAGAGACAACAAACCCACCGCCAGCGCCUCAAGCUCGAAGGAUGCGCCGACGAAGCCCAAGAAGGAAAAGUCUGCACCCGCGCCGGCUGCGGGCGGCGGCGAGGAGAUGAUUAUCGUGCACGUCAACGACCGCCUCGGUACCAAGGCCGCGAUCCCCUGUCUGGCCUCGGACCCGGUCAAGAUGUUCAAGAUUAUGGUGGCGCAACGGGUCGGACGGGAGCCGCACGAGAUCUUGCUGAAGCGCCAGGGCGAGCGGCCGUUCAAGGACAAUCUUACGCUGGAGGAUUAUGGUGUCAGCAACGGUGUGCAGCUGGAUCUUGAGGUUGAUACUGGUGAUUAA